CACGCAUACGCGCCCUAUGCCCUGCUGCGCCAACUGGCGCAUAAGGGCGCCGAAGAGAGGAGCGCUCUGGAAACGCCGCCGCUAUCCGCAACUGCGCCUCCACGCGCAAACCCUCUCGAAUCUGCUUACAGCCAUGUCCAGGCUCCUGGAGGGCGACGACACCAGGCUUCCGAGGGUUGAUGAUACCUUUACACAAAAGACGGUUAAUGAUGCGAGAAAGAGGAAGUGGAGGAUGCCACAGAGGAAGCAAACGAAGAGGUCUGGACAUCCUGCAGGCGAGGAAUUGUUGGACGAGAUGUUGUGGGAGAUCUUAAUCCGGCUGCCUGUGGAGUCGCUGGCUAGGUUCAAGUUGGUUAGCAAGGUCUGGUACACCAUUAUCUCCCAACCUGUUUUUGUUCGUGCACACCUCCAACGCUCCAAACAGAAACAACAUCACAAUCCGUCUUCCUUCCUCAUCACCCCCCAGAUUUAUCUAGAUUCCAAUCCCUCAGGCAUUUUUUCCACCAACAUCCGUUUCUUCCAGUGGUCUUUACAAGAAGAUGAUUUGCCAAAAGUAGCAACAAAAGUUGGAAUGAGUCAUAGUAGUAGCGCAAUGCUUCUUCAUGGGAGGCACUUCCCGGCUGGCGAGUUUGGGUUGGUGUCCCAGAUGGCACACUGCGAUGGGUUGGUGCUGCUCCCUACAGACACCAAUGCUUAUGUCUUCAACCCGGCCACUAGAGAUGGCAUUGCUCUGCCGAGGAGUCAUCACAACGUGUUGCAACGUCCCGUAUGCCUUCCCAUUGGUUUGGGCCUUGAUGUUUCCACUGGCACAUAUAAGGUUGCACGGUCUUUCUUCCGUUCAUGUGAUUACAAUUCCGUUGCAAUGGGGAUGGAGGUCAUCACCAUUAAUUGCGGAGAGGGGUCUUGGAGGGAAACCUUGGUGGAUCCACCGUACCUUAUCCUUUGUCCGCAAACUGCCAUACACUGCAAGGGGUGUCUAUUCUAUUUCAUCGAUAGGGAAAAUCAGCCAUGCUCCCCACGGGGGCUGCUUCGUUUCAGCCUUCAAGACGAAACUUUCGGCAUCACUCCGUUGCUUAACAACCUCUACCCUACAGUUGAAGAUGAAGAUAUUGUUAUCCAUGAGCUUGGUGGGGAACUAUGCGCUACUUUCUUCUGCAAGAGUAUGCAACGAGUAUUGAUCUCGAUGACAAGAGAUAUAUUGGUCCCGGAAUGGGAAUGUCACUAUGUAAUGAAUGUUUCAGACCAGUGCUUGCCAAUGGCCUCACUUAGCAAUGGUGGGAUUCUUCUACGGAGAGGCCAUUGUCUCUUCCGUUAUUACAUGAAGGAUCAUGGUGUAAAAGAAAAUGACAUGUUCGAUAUCGAUGAGCUAAGGUUCCUUGGGCCUAGUGAAGACACAUUGGGACAUGCAUGGGAAAAUUUAUUUUGGUUCGACCUACUCUAUUACACGCCAAGUCUUGUUCCAGUUACUCCUAAGGCGAGCUUACAUGCCUCAUAAGACCAUGUACACUGCAAGGUGUUUAGAGAAGUGCUUGUAUAAAUAAAUUGUUUUUUCCCUUAAGUACCGGUGCUUGUUUCUA